AUGCUCGUCGCGCGGUGUUUCUCGCUCCUUGCUACCUUGGCCUAUGUCACCGCGGUGCCUUUAGCAGAGAGAGCAGGGCUCUUGCCUCCGAGCCAAGAUCCAUGGUAUCAAGUGCCCAAAAAUCUCGACGCCAUUGAGCCUGGUUCCAUCUUGAAGAGUCGGAAGCCUCCGGCUCCUAUUGCCUCUUUUGGGAUCAAGUCGGUCAAUCUCAAAGACGCCCAUCAAAUCAUGUACAAGACAACCAACAGCUUCAACCGCUCAACCGCAACAGUCACCACCGUCUUGAUCCCCCACAAUGCAGACUUCAACAAAGUACUGUCUUAUCAGUCCAUUGUGGACGCGGCCUUUAUUGACUGUGCGCCAUCGUACGCUCUCCAACUGGGGUCCAAGUCUGGUGUAGCCUUUGGGACAUUCACAACCCAAGCCGAACUGUUCCUAAUUGCGACUCUCUUGGACAAGGGCUGGGUCGUUGUUUUGCCCGACUACUUGGGUCCGCACUCUGCCUUCCUUGCCAACAAACUUGCUGCACACGCAGUGCUGGAUAGUAUCCGGGCUGUAACCAAGUCGACCGCUUUCACGGGAGUUCACCAGAAUGCCACAGUCGCCCUAUGGGGGUAUUCUGGGGGCAGCGUUGCAACCGGGUGGGCAGCUGAGCUCCAUGCGUCGUACGCACCGGAGCUCAACAUCGUCGGAGCCGCGCUUGGCGGUACGGUGCCGAGUAUUCCCCCCGUUAUCAAAGCCGUCAACAGGGGCUACGCUGCGGGUUUGUUGCCGUCAGGCUUUCUAGGCUUGUCGGGCGAGUAUCCCGAGCUCAAGAACAUUAUUCAAGAACGAGUUCUACCGCAGCACAGACCGGCCUUUGAGAAGGUCAAGAAGCAGUGUCUAGUGGCUGACCUCGAGGAGUUCCCGUUUGAAGACGUCGUCUCCAUGCUCAAGGACCCGUCUGUGCUUACAUCCGGCGCGCUUGCCAGCAUUUUCAACGACAUCGCGCUGGGAAAGAGCACGCCCAAGAUGCCCCUUUACGUAUACAAGCCAGUUCAUGACGAGAUUAGUCCCGUGGCUAGUACGGACGAGUUGGUCAAGUUUUACUGCGCCAAUGGCGGAUCGGUCCAGUACGAGAGAGACUGGGUUUCCCUUCAUGGCACGCUAUUGACUACUGGUGCUGCGAAGGCUCUGUCCUGGUUGAUCAGCCUUGUUGAUGGGAAGCCCCAACCCACCGGCUGCUCUACUAGUAACGUGGUUUCCUCAUUAUUCGACCUCAAGGCCGUGGAGAUUUUCCCUACGGCCAUCCUGGACGCGCUAUUGGCACUGGUUGGACGGCCUAUUGGUCCCCUUCUUUAA